AUGCAUUUCGCCAAUCUCGGAAAAAUCGCCGGUCUAGUCCUGGCCGGGCUCUCUAUUGCUCACCCCGGUGCGCAUGAGCCCAGUUCCUACACCGAUGUUAGCAAAAGGAACUUUUUGCACCAUGCUCGCCGGACUCUAGACAAGUGCUCUAAUCAGCUGGAGCGCCGCGGUAUCAAUGCUCGUGCGGAAGCCCGUCGCGCCGCCAUCCUCGAUAUGUACAGGAAACGAUCUCUCAACGCCCGCGACACUGACAAAGUUGUGAACACCUCCCACCACUCGUCACUCCAUGUUACCGCCAACACGCCCGAUUCGGAGCUCUUUGCCAAGAACCCCGUCUGCCUUCUCGCACCUGAAGGAGAAAUUGGUCCGUUCUGGGUCAAGGGCGAGCUCAUCCGCUCCGACAUUGGUGACGGGGAGGCUGGUAUCCCUAUCAUCUUGGACGGACAAUUUAUUGAUAUCAACACCUGUGAGCCGAUUCAGGACUUGUACUGGGAUGUCUGGAACUGCAACUCCACCGGUGUCUACUCCGGCGUCGACAGCUCCAUGAACGGAAAUGGAAACGAUGCCGCCAACCUGAACCGGACCUUUUUGCGUGGUAUCCAAAAGACCGACGAGGAGGGCGUAGCUCAGUUCAACACCGUCUUCCCCGGUCACUAUGAUGGCCGCGCUACUCACGUUCACGUUGUCGCCCACGUCGGUGCUUCUGUGCUGCCCAACAACACUCUUACCGGCGGUCAUGUUGCCCACAUUGGUCAGCUGUUCUUUGACCAAGACCUGAUCUCUGUCGUCGAGGAUACUUACCCUUACAACACCAACACCGUCGAUAUUACCCUGAACGCCGAUGAUCACGUCGUACAGGUCGAGACUGAGGACAGCAACUCCGACCCCUUCUUCCAGUAUGCCUAUCUCGGCAACUCCAUCGAGGACGGUCUUCUCGGUUGGAUCACUCUUGGUGUCAACGUGACUGCCAACCACGAUUCCGCUGUCAGCUAUGCUGCGAGCCUUACCUCGUCCGGCGGUGUCAGCAACGAUGCCAGCUCCGGAGGACAGGGGCCUCCCUCCGGUUCUGCGCCCCCGUCUGCUUAG